UCUCCCCCUCCCUCCCCCCCCUGCCCCGUCGAUGGCGAUUCUCGGUUGACUUUUGUUCCCGUCCAUCCUCGACCACCUUAUCCGCCAUCUUCCCAAUCGUUGUCUUUCGUUCUCUCCAACUCCUUGCUGGCCGGCUGUCUCUCCUUGUGGUUCUGUCUACAAAGGGGUGGUUCGAUAUCAGGUCUCAUCGCUCUUUAUCACAAACAACCCAUCGCCCCAUCUCAAGACUCGCCUCACUCACCUUCGGCACAGAGAGAGAGAGAGAGAGAGAGAGAGAGAGAGCGCGCUUUCACCACUCGUUGCUUUUCCACCCGAACAUCCAACAACCUUGUCUCGACCCAGCAUCGAACUCCACCAAAGCUUCUGCCCUGUCCGCCGAUCUGGGCGACUAGCUUGUCAGCCUGUCCCUUUUCCUGAGCUCCCUCAUUGGGACGACGAACUGCUGCUGCUGCUGCUGCUCCUGUUGCUGUGUGCCCCCCGCCCCCCUGAGCCUGUAACGGAUCAAACUGUCUUUGGGCCCGCGAAUAAGGAUCGUCGCCCUUGUCCCUCUCACUUCAACCUCCGUCACCGUCGCCCGGAAAAAGUCGCGACAUGGUCCGUUGCCAAUAACCACCGCCGCCCUUCUUCCUCGUCCCUCGACUCCCUCUGUCCUGAUCUGCUUUUGCUCUUGCUCUUGCUCGGUCGCAAUUUCACGCUUCCGCCAGUUAGACACCGGAGCCGUUGGCCGCUCCAUUCAUUCCCUUCUUCAGGAAACCCCCCCGCUGGUUUCGUUUGCUUCUUCCUUUCAUUUCCCCCCAGCCCAAAACUCAUUCGAUUGUUGUUUACCCAGCGGUUGUCCAUUUCCAGGGACUGGACCUUCCCACAUUCUCUGUGCAUAGCUCAUAGCCUCAGCUUUAUUUUCAUUUUUAUGCCAUUCAUUUGUCUUUUCUUGAUACCCUUUUAGACCCCCCCGGAACCAUGGUGUCCUUUUUCGGGCUGAAGCUCGGCGCUGAUAAGAAGAAGAAAGCCGAGAAGGCGGUGGAGCAAAAGCCUCAAUGGAAACGGACUGACCAGAACCUCCUCGGCGAAGGCCAGUUCUUCGGAAAGGAGUUGGAUCGUCCCAUCCUCAUCAACGGCUCCCGUCCCGGCACUGCCAUGUCCAACAAGAGCUUCGCCGCCGGGUUUCGUCAGCCUAACGCUCCGUAUCUGAAUGGCGGCUCGUCGUCCCUGGUCGACCUUGGUGCACCCGGCGCCGGCAAGGGUGUCCGCCCUGUUGGGUCCGAGGCUAAUUUGGGCAUGCGGUGGAACAACAGUUCCGUCGCCAGUCUGCAGAACUUUGCGAGCCCGCCCAUCAUCACCGGCGGCAGCAGGCCCGGAAGUAGACCGGGUACCCCUAACUCGGCCAGCCGAAAGGUCUGGGUCAACCCCCUCGACGUCCACUUCGCUCGCGACAACGCCGGCCCGAGAAACGACGGUUCCCUCAGCCCGGCGCCGAGCGGCUAUCACUCCUCCAACAGCCUGUCCCCCCUUCCCACUCCCACCAUCGCCAACGCACCCCGCAGCCCGCUCGGCCAGUUCGAGUUCAAUCUGACCCCGUCAGACGUACCCAAAGAUGCCAAGCUGACCCCUGCCCCGUUGUCACCGACAAAGUCCUGCCCGUCUCCUCCUCAGUCUAUCAACGGCUCUCUUCCGCCAUUGAGGACCGACUUCAGACCAAAGACGGCCGUCACUACCGUCCGUGAGGCACACCGACCUGGGCCCGCAGCACUACCCUCUCCGACCGCGUCGACAGGUCGCUGCAGUGAUGAGGAGCAGCACUUCUAUCCCCGGCCUAUCAUCCAGAACGUUGCAGCAAAACGAGACACCCUCACCAUCGUCACCCCUCGGAGACAGAGUUUUUCGAUGGAUAUCCACCAAGACCUGGCUGCGCUCGAUUUCACAAAGCCAGAACAGCAGAGCCCCACGAUCCCCGCGAGUCCGCCACCGAGGAGCACUCGACGCCCGUGUCCUCCGGAAUUGAGGAGCCUGCCCCAACCGCCCCGUAUCGCCGGUCUCCCGCCCCCGAGGCCGCAGCAGGUACCGUACGACGGGCCGUUGCGAAGUCCUGCACGGCCUCCCGAGGAUUGGAUCAAUGCCAGGCAGCGAAUGGGUUCGGACGCGCGGGAGAGAACAAAUUUGGAGCCGAGGGAGAGGGUGAACUCGGAUGCCCGCGAACGCUCCUACUUCGACUCCAAGGAAAGGUUAGGCCCGGACGGCGGGGAGAGGAAGGACCCUGACGGCCGCUCUCGCGACGACCGGCCUUCGCCGCCGCAGGGAUAUCUCGGCCCCCCACCCACGUCGAGGAGAGUGGCGCCGGGUGAAGGCGAACGCAACUACGGCAUCACACCAGCGAACCGCCGUCCGCCCCCGCCGCCGGUCGAGCUCCAGCGUAAGGCGUCGAACCCGCAGUUUCGACCACCGGGCUGGGACGACCGCGACGUCCAGCACGGAAAUUUCGCCAUGAUCUCCCCUCGCAUGCAGCCGCCCCAGCCGCCGACCCCAAACAGCCUGAUCCCCGAGCCCUCGAGCGACGCGAACUGGCCGCUCCCGAGUCCACUAGCAAGCCCGACUUUUGGAACUGGCCAACGGCCGCACACGCCGAGUGAGAGGUCCGAAGGCCAGAUGAGCCCCGGGCUGGUGAUGCCCCUGACUCCCGGGCGAGACGGUCGGGAGGGACGGCGGCCGGACUUUGGGUUGAGGGCGCCGACGGGAAUCGCGGACGAGUUCCGCGUGGGUUUUAUCUAGGUGGUUCGAAAGAAGGAACACAAAAACACACAAAAAAAAGGGAGGCGCCUUUAGACUUCGGGCAGAUGUGUCUGUACUAGAUACGGACAUAUUGGGGGGGGGGGGGUGCUUUUUGUGGAACACCCUGGCUGGUCAGUUUUGGAAAAGGGGGCGCGCGAACAUACCACGCCAUAUUUGACUUUGGAGUAGCUCUUUUGACAUCGGAGGCGAGGAGGGGUGACGAGUAGGUAGGGCAGGCGUGGAUGGAUGCACAUUGGAGUCCGAG